GAUUCGUCCAGCGGAUGCGCGUAAAACCGCCAGAGGGGAGUUUAAUGGCGCGCUAGAGCCCUGGAUCUUCGCCACACGAUCGAGGCGAGCUCCAGCUUCUCAAGCUCGAUCCAAGCGCACAAGCUGGGAGAUCAUCGCCCGGUAGGGUAUUUCGAUGAGGUUUUGUGGAUCCGGCCGCCGGCAUUGAUCCAAGAAGCUGGGAUUUCCAGCGAGGAGACCGCUAGGGCAGAUCGCCAUGGACGAGUACGAGAUCAUGGAGAGGAACAAGGAGCUGCAAGCGCUCCAGGUGAAGCAAGAGGCAGUGCGAAUGGAAAAUACGCUACUCUCGGAACAUCUAUCGAGGAUUGUGACACGCAAGGGGAGCUUGCAACUUCAUCUGGAAAAGAUGGAAGAAGAAGAAACUGAGAAGGAAGAACAGGAGGCAGCCGAGGCACUACGCCGGAGCUCGAGACGAUCGUUCCGGAUUUUUCACGAUGGUCCUCCGGUGCCAAGAGCCACAGUACGAUUCUUGUCGCCGCCAAAGAUACCUUCGCUCUCGCCACCCAAGCAAAGAGCCGAGGCGCUUCCCAUGAGCACCGAGGAGAAAGUUGAGAUCGCUGACGAAGAAUGCGGACAUCUCACUGAUCAAGUCGAGAAGUUGCGAGCGGAGAACGAUCGCUGCCUCGAUGAUCUUGGUGCUGUUUACAAUGAGGUGAAGCGAGGCAUGAGGGAAACGAAGAAGGAGAAGAACAGCUUCUACAGGGAGGUGAUUCUUUUGUCAGAGAUCAAUCCCGGAAAGGUGAUCUAUGCCGAAGAUGUGUUGAGAUAUCUCUAUGACAAGCUGCGAAGAAAGCAAAAUGUGAGAGACAAAUUGCAAGAGAAGAAUGAUUUGCUUCAUAUGGAGAUCAUGGAAGCCGAGCACCAGUUCAGCACGAAAAAGGAUCUCAAGGACAUCUUACAUGCCAUCGACUUCGAUCAGCUUCAGAUCCAAAACGUCCAGCUCCACGCCAGGAUACGGGACAGGACUUACGAGAUCUGGGACCUCAAGAGCGCGGUCAAGAGAACGCUCAAGGCUCUGGAGACAACACGGCGGAAGCUUGGUGGCAUUGUGGAUCGGGGGACAAACAUCAAAUGUUUCCUCAAAGAUCGCCAGCCUUUGUUGGAAAGCUUACGAGACAACAUCAGAACGGAGACCUUUCAAAAGAGCAAGCUUCACGAAUCCGUGGUAGCGCAUAUGCAAGAAGAAGAUGGGCCUCCUCGUCCCACAGCUCUCGACUACAUGCGUUGUAGACAUAACAACGACGAGUUGUCCAAAGAGGUCAAGACUUGGAAGAACAAGGUUGAGGUAGCGGAACUAACAAACAUCCAGCUCCACAAAAUGCUCAAACAAGCACUCAAGAAUCGCGAAGUCUCGGUUCGGCAAGAAGCAUCAACAGUGGUGGCGGUGUGCUAGCGAAAAUUCUAACUUGUGCUAACAAAGUGUUGGCAUCUUAUUUUAAUUGUGGAGGAUAUUCUAGCUAACAAGCAUCCUAUUU